CUUUGACUCUGUUUCCGCGGCAAUGGGAACCCUUUGAAAGAUGGUUCUGUUUGCUUCAUCGUCUUUACAAAUACGCAAGUGUUUCCCGCCGAUUUUCUCAGUGUUCCCGAAGCUUAACACUCUGCAACCUCGUGGGUUUUCGUCUGAAUCCGCUAAAGCCCUAACCUCCGGUAUCUCUAAAGCAAUCAAAGAAGGAAACUUUAACUUAUCAGAUUCUGACCAAGCCGCAAAUUCGCAACGAAACGAGACGAAUUGGGUCCUUCUUUCGCUUCAAUCAGAUCCCUUUUCUGCGGUUAAGUAUUUCCGAUGGGCGGAGAUGUCUGGCAAGGCUCCUUCUUUCCUUACACUUGCUCAUGGUUUGAUCCGCCAUGGGAUGUUUGAUGUUGCAGAUAAGGUGUUUGAUGAAUUGAUUUCUAAUCGUGGAAAGGAUUUCCAUAUUCUGGGUUCGAUGAAGGAUAUGCCAAUGGAAUUUCCUUUGCGCUACGGUGUCGUUUCUGGGUUUUUGAUGAAUUGUUGUUGUAGAUACGGCAUGGUUGAUGAGGCUAUGAAGAUAUUUGUGUAUAGUACUGAAUCGGGUGUCGUUAUAAGGGAGGAUUCUGUAUAUAAGAUGCUAAAUUCUUUGAUUGAUGCUGCUCGUGUUGACUUAAUAACCGAUAAUUUUGACAAACUAUGUGGAGGAAUCGCCCCUUCUCGUGUGAGUGCUCAUGGGUUUGUGUUGGGUGCUCUUUUCCGCAAAGGAGAAGUCACAAAGGCUUUAGAUUUUCACCGACUAGUUAUUGAGAGAGGUUUUCAUGUCGAUAUAGUUUCUUGCAAUAAGAUUCUGAAAGGUCUUUUGGUUGAUAAGAUAGAGGUAGCUUCUCGUAUGUUAAGCUUGAUGUUGGAAUGUGGUCCGGCACCAAAUGUGGUGACAUUUGGCACGUUGAUCAACGGCUUCUGCAAAAGAGGCGAAAUGGAUAGAGCGUUCGAGCUUUUCAGAGUUAUGGAACAGAAAGGGAUAGAGCCGGAUUUGAUCGCUUACAGCACUCUGAUUGAUGGAUACUUCAAAGCAGGGAUGUUAGGAAUGGGUCAUAAACUUUUCUCGCAGGCAUUACGUAAAGGCGUGAAGCUGGACGUGGUUGUUUGCAGCUCAAGGAUUGAUGCGUAUGUCAAAUCCGGGGAUUUAGCAACAGCGUCUGAUGUGUACAAGAGAAUGCUGUGUCAAGGGAUUUCACCUAAUGUGUUUACCUACACCAUUCUUGUUAAUGGCUUGCGUCGAGAAGGUAGAAUCUGCGAGGCUUUUGGUAUAUAUGGUCAGAUCUUGAAACGUGGUCUGGAGCCAUCCGUUGAAACUUAUAGCAGUCUCAUUGAUGGUUAUUGCAAGUGUGGGGAUUUGAGAUCCGGGUUUGCUUUGUACGAGGAUAUGAUAAAGAUGGGACAUCGACCUGAUGUUGUCGUCUAUGGUGUGCUUGUCGAUGGACUUUGCAAGCAAGGGCUAAUGCUGCAUGCUUUGAGAUUCACUGUCAAGACUCUAUACCAAUCGGUCCGGGCCAAUGUUGUGGUUUUCAAUUCCUUGAUAGAUGGGUGGUGUAGGUUAAACCGUUGUGACGAGGUCUUGAAGGUGUUUAGAUUAAUGGGGUUUUAUGGUAUAAAACCUGAUGUAGCCACAUUCAGCACGCUUAUGAAGGUGAGUGUCAUGGAAGGAAGAUUAGAACAAGCAUUAUUUAUUUUCUUCCGGAUGUUCAAAAUGGGUUUGGAACCUGAUGCUGUAGCAUUCUGUACAUUGAUGGAUGCGUUCUGCAAACGUAUGAAGCCAACCAUUGGGCUUCAGCUCUUUGAGCUUAUGCAGAGGAAUAGAAUCUCUGUGGAUAUCGCGGUAUGUAAUGUCGUCAUUAAUUUGCAUUUCAAAGGUCACCGCGUGGAGGAAGCUUGUAAGUUCUUUCAGAAUCUUCUCAAAGGAAAGAUGGAGCCUGAUAUUGUGACAUAUAACACAAUGAUAUGUGGCUACUGCUCUCUUAGAAUGUUAGAUGAAGCAAUGAGGAUUUUCGAGAUGCUGAAAUGUACACCUUUUGGACCCAAUUCCGUUACUUUGACUAUACUUAUCAAUGCGCUCUGUAACAACAAUGAUGUGGAUAAUGCUCUAAGGAUGUUCUCCACAAUGGUGGAAAAGGGACCUAAACCGAAUGUCGUCACAUACGGUUGUCUAAUGGAUUCGUUUUCGAAAUCCGUCGAUCUUGAAGGUUCUUUCAAGCUUUUCGAGGAUAUGCAAGAGAACGGUAUUUCUCCAAGCAUAAUAAGCUAUAGCAUCAUAAUCGACGGUCUCUGCAAACGAGGAAGAGUGGAUGAAGCAAGAAAUAUCUUCCAUCAAGCCAUGGAUGCGAAGUUAAUCCCUGAUGUUGUUGCCUACGCUAUUCUCAUCCGUGGUUGCUGCAAAGUUGGAAGACUCGUUGAAGCUGCAUUGUUGUAUGAACACAUGUUGAGAAACGGAGUCGAACCAGAUGAUUUGCUGCGACGGGCUCUUUCGGAAUAUAAUCCGUUUAAAUGGUUGAUGAGCAAAGGCGUCUCGGUACGCAACAAGACGAUGCCUGAUUAGAUUGUUCAAAUCAAGAUAUAAAGGAACAUAACGAAACACUUGAUGAACGUCUUGUUGGAAAAUAUAUGUUCUGGAUUGCUCAAGAUGGUGAUGGCUCUUAUUGGCAUUUGAAGACAGGUGAAGAAGAAAGAUCGAAGCUCUACUAUCUCCGAAUCUUAGGAGUUUUUCUUAUGGUCAAUCAUUAAAGGUCAUGUUUCUUGUCUCUCUGCUCAAAACAAACCAGUCACGGGAUGCAUCAGAGUGGUAAGCUCUGUAAAGACAUAUGUAUCUGGUUUACAGAGGAAUCAAUCCAUGUGAAGUCGAAGUAGAAGAUUCGCUUUUAGUCAAACUUAAAAGAGUUUGGUCAGUAACUAACUACUAAUCUAUGUACAAAGUCAAAAUGGUGAAAAUCCUAACACACUCACGUGGGAAAGUUUGAAACUUUAAGCACAUAGACAUGUUACUACCGCAAUUGAUUGAUAACGACCGUACCAGAACUCUUUACCCG